CUCCAUCAAUCUUUACAAACUGUUUUUUCAUGAACCUUAGAAAAAGGCCCAACGUAGAGGGAUAGGCCCAAAACUUGCAAAAGCCAUCCCGUCAUCUCCAUUUUAGUCGGACGGAUCACAGCGGUAAAAGCUUCUGGAGUAAGACAACGAGCAUAGAUAUAGAUUUUCAUUUUCCCCGUUCAAAUUGGCGGGAGAUUUAUAGGAAAUUGAAAGGCGGGGGAAAAACCAGACCCUUUCUCUCUCUAACUCCGAGCAAAAUCCAGUCUCCGUUGGUUCAUAUGGAGGAGGAAAUCGUUACUCGGCGUUCGGUAAGUUCGGUUAAGUUACUUCCGUAUGUUUCAUGGCUUGUCAUCUUGACCUAAUUUUGUUGCUGGUUGACUUUACGAGUAGAAACGAGCUAGGGCUCAAACUGGGGUCAACGAGGAGCAAGCUCCGGCGAAGCCACGGGCUAAGGGGGCGAAUGCUACUCAAGGUUUGAACGAGGAUGAGGAAGAAGAGGAUGAAGUGGAGAGAGAGGAAUCGUCAGAUGACUUUGAAGAUUCUCGCCCGAGAGCUAAACGGAAUAAGCUUACUGAUGGUGCUUCUGCAUCGGCCGGGAAGAUAAAUUUGCGGAUGAUUGAGGUUGUUAAAAAGAAUGGUAAACAAAUCCCACAAGUGGUCAAGCGCUGGGUUGAAAGAUAUGAGAAGGACCCAAAAUCUGCAACUGUUGAACUUCUAGCAUUGCUCUUUGAGGCAUGUGGAGCCAAGUAUAGUAUUCAAGAAGAACUCUUGGAAGAGACUGACGUUGACGAUGUAGUGGUGGCUCUUGUUAAUUUGGCCAAAAGAGUAUCCUUCUCUGUCGUUCUUUAUAUAUUGUAUGUUGUCCCAACACUGAUCCCAAUUCUUGUACACUCUCAGUUUUCCUUACAUUCAUGAAAUCUUAGGGUGAAGUUGAAGAUUAUCAAAGUUCAAAGAAGGAAUUCAAAAUUUUCAAGGAAAAUCUCAUCUCCUUAUGGGACAAUUUAGUUAUUGAGUGUCAAAAUGGACAUCUAUUUGACCAGGUCUUGUUUGACAAAUGCAUGGACUACAUAAUUGCAUUAUCUUGGUAAGUUUUUUCUGACUUUCGAAAAUUCAUAAUUAUUGUGUACAGUUAAGUUCUCUAAUCUAUUUCAUUCUUAUGUCUUUGGAUUAUUCUAGUACUCCUCCAAGAAUUUAUCGCCAGAUUGCUUCACUUAUGGGGCUUCAGCUUGUCACAUCGUUCAUAAAUGUUGCAAAAAUGCUUAGCGCACAGCGGGAAACUACUCAGAGGCAGCUAAAUGUUGAAAAGAAAAAAAAACCCGACGGACCUCGUGUGGAGUCGCUUAAUAAGAGGCUAUCCAUCACACAUGAAAGGAUAACUAUGAUUGAAGAGAUGAUGCGCAAACUGUUCACUGGGUUGUUCGUGCAUCGCUACAGGGAUACAGAUCCUGAUAUCCGAAUGUCUUGCAUUCAAUCUCUGGGUGUUUGGAUUUUGUCAUAUCCUUCUCUGUUCCUUCAGGAUUUGUAUUUGAAAUAUCUUGGGUGGACAUUGAAUGACAAAAGUGCUGGUGUUAGGAAAGCAUCUGUCCAAGCGCUUCAAAAUCUAUAUGAAGUGGAUGACAAUGUGCCCUCUCUUGGCCUAUUUACAGAAAGAUUCUACAAGCGGAUGCUUGAACUUGCUGAUGAUAUCGACAUCUCUGUGGCAGUAUGUGCUAUAGGGCUUGUGAAACAACUGUUGAGACAUCAGCUUGUUCCUGACGAAGAAUUAGGUUCUUUAUAUGACUUGUUAAUAGAUGAUCCUCCAGAGAUCAGGCGUGCCAUUGGGGCCUUAGUGUAUGAUCAUUUAAUAGCUCAAAAGUUCAACAGUUCUCAAUCAACAGGUGGUACUGAUGAUUCCUCGAAGGUUUAUCUUGGUAGAAUGUUGCAGAUACUGCAUGAAUUUGCAACAGAUCAAAUGCUUAGUAUAUACGUUAUUGAUGAUGUGUGGGAGUACAUGGGUGCCAUGAAAGACUGGAAAUGUAUCAUUUCUAUGCUUUUGGAUAACAAUCCAUCCACUGAACUCAGUAAUGUUGAUGCCACAAGCAUGAUACGACUCAUGUGCUCAUCUAUCAAAAAGGCAGUGGGAGAAAGGAUCGUGCCUGCUUCCGAUAAUAGAAAGCCGUAUCAUACUAAAGCUCAAAGAGAAUUGUUUGACAAAGACAGGCUUGAUAUUACCGUUGCUUUGAUGAAGAACUACCCUCUGCUUUUACGUAAAUUCAUGGCUGACAAGGAAAAAGUGCCAUAUCUGGUUGAAGUCAUUGUUUAUAUGAAUCUUCAACUUUAUGCUCAAAAGAAAGAACAGCAGAGGUUCAAGAGUGCUCUCAAGCUUAUUAGAGAAGCUUUCUUUAAGCAUGGCGAUAAGGAUACUCUGAGAUCAUGUGUGAAAGCUUUUAGCUUCUGUGCUACUGAGAGUCCAGGAGAAUUACAAGAUUUUGCCCAAAAUCAGUUGAAGGAGAUCUCGGAUGAGGUUAUUAGCAGACUUAAAUCAUCAAUUAGAGAAAUUGAGGAUGGUGAUGAUGAAUAUUCAUUUCUCAUAAAUUUGAAAAGGCUCUAUGAAUUUCAUCUUUCAAGACCAAUUUCUAUCGACAGCUUAUAUGAUGAAUUCUCCCGUAUUCUUCAAGCUUCGAGUAAAAUGGAUGAUGAGGUGAUCUGUUUCAUUCUUCUAAAUAUGUUUAUGCAUGUUACCUGGACCCUGGAAGCUACCACACACAGUGAAACGGUUUCUGAGGCAUCAUUAUCUUCACUCUUAUUGAAACGGGAUACAUUGUUUUUACAUCUUGAACACUUCCUGGUCUCUAAUCCUGAAUUUCAAGAAGAGGGUAAACCUGGAAAGAUAUUAGCAUGCAGGGUAUGUAUUCUACUUGCAGAACUCUGGUACUUAUUCAGAAAGAAAGAGUUUGCUUCAACGAAACUGGAAGAUCUGGGAUUUUGCCCUCUUGAACCCACUAUUGAAAAGUUUUGGAAAACUUGUGAGCAGCUCCUCCAAAUUUCAGACGAGACAGAAGAUGAUGAUGUCAACAGAGAAUAUGUUGAGGAGACCAAUCGCGAUGCUGUCAUGAUUGCUGCUGCAAAACUGGUUUAUAUCGGUGCAGUUCCUGAGAAUCAUCUUGGUUCAGACAUUAUCUCCCAUUUCGUAAGGCAUGGAGCAAGUAUCUCUGAUAUUGUGAAGAAUCUGAUUACUGCUUUAAAGAAAAUUAAGGGAGACCUUUCAGAUAUUUUAAUAGAUUCUCUAAAAAAGGCCUACCAGUCGCAUCUGGUUGCGGCUUCUACGAGCAUCGAUGAAUCCUUAUCAACCAAGACAUUUCAUGAUUGUAAGAAUCUUGCCAUUCGACUUUCUGGGCUGUUUGUGGGUGCAUCCAGAGACAAGCAUAGGUUAGAUGAGAUUCGUAAGGUUGUAGAUGCUUGUAUUGAUCAUGCAUUUUCAGAUGCUCCAAAGCAUCUUUCUUUCUUGGAUGGUGCCGUGUUGCCUUUUGUGUCUAAACUGCCCACCACUGCCAUUCUUGACGUUCUCGAAAAGGUCCAAAAAAAGACUGAUAAUAUUGACACCGAUGAGGACCCCAGCGGCUGGCAUCCAUAUCAUGCAUUUGUUGACACACUCAAUGAGAAGUAUGCCAGAAAUGACGAUUUGCAAGAUGAGAAAGAAGGGACAGCAGUGAAACGACGAGGUCGCCCAAGAAAGAAUCAGAACGUACGAGGAAAGAAACUUUUCAAUGAGGAUAGUUCGAGUGAAGACGACGAAGAUUCAAUCAGUGAAUCUGACCAAUUUGCCGAAGGUGAAGAAGAGAAGCAAGAAGACGAAGAUGAGGAGGUUCCAUUAAUACGGUCAUUUAAAUCGUCUGCCAAGUUAAGGUCACUGAGGGUUUCCAGGGAAGAUAAUGGAAGUCAAACAAAAAGUGGGGAUUCUAAUCGAGGUGCAGAAGACUUGGGUGCUUCCAGAACAUAAGUACGUAGGAUUGUGGUGUACAGUGCAUUUUACUUCGAGAUAGAAUACAUGUGUACUGUGUCACAGGAUCAUAUGUUUUUGUGCCAUAGGAAUUGAUCUCCGUGUGUUUCUGUCACGACGGCCACAUUUUGUUUAUGAAUGGGAGAAACUUUGUAGGCAUUUUGUCGAAUGAAGAUAACUAACCUACUUUUUGUUUAAAAAUUCUCCUUGACCAGUUAGCUGGCUUGAAAGCCAAAGUGACCUUCAAAUCUGCCCUUCCACUUUCUUUAGUGACACUGAAGCUUUUGUCUGGUAAGAGGAUGGAGGACCUUCCUGGUUUUUCUUGCUCCUUGUCCGGAUGUAAAUAUGUCGGAGAUAGUAGAAUAGGAUGUUGCCAGUGGUUUACUAUAGUUGUUUAAUGCUUAAUAAUGCGUCAGUCAGAUCAUUGCUGCUCUCUGUUUCAUUUGUCCAGUUCAACUUGGAUAUACUCGACGUGAUUUGAAAUUUCUUUUGCAAAUUCUGUAAGGUCAAUAGGUA